AUGCACGAGGCCUGGGGCGGUGGAGCGGGCGGUGGGCAAUUGAUAACGAUUAGCACCGCAUCUCGCGCCCGAGGCGGCACCAACUCCACUUCAUCACAUUCAGGUACAUCCCUUUGCUUGGGAAGGCUUAUGGCCCACUGGAGGGAGGAGUACUUGGCUGCUCUGACAGUUCGAGACCAACGAGAGAAAGCAAAUGCUACGCUUUACGAUGCCUACGCCCAGCUUGCAGAUCGUACCAGCAAACUAGCAACAGCAGCAAAAUGCGCCAGUCCCGCAACAGCGCAGAGUGAAGCUCAACCCACUGUUCCAUCUCCUAUAGUUCCACCAUCCAGAAAGCAACGAUCAAUUGGGCCAGAUUCUACCCCGACCGACCUUCUCAAUACUACCCGUGCAGACCUGUCCGAGGCACAGCGAUCCCGCUCAGAAUUACAAGAUCGCUUGAAUCGAGUAAAUACAGAAGUGGAAACACUUCGCAAGAAGAGUUCGCAAGAGGGUCGACGAAUCAACGCCCUGGAAAGCGAGAGAGCACAACUAAAGCUACGAUUAAAAGACAGAGAUGCGGAGCUGAAAGGGAAGGCCAAGCUGCUCGAGGAUUUCCAAGAUGAACUGGCGACACUAAACCUUCAGCUUAAUAUGGCCGAAGAACGAUCAACUCGACUGAAAAAUGAGAACCAAGAUCUGGUUGAUCGUUGGAUGGCCAGAAUGGGCCAAGAAGCUGAGGCCAUGAACGAUGCAUCGAAAUAUUCCUGA